AAAAAAUUUAAUAAAUAAAAAGAAAGAAAGAAAAGAGAAUGAUCAAAAUCCUAGGCUUCUUCCUGGUCAUUGGGACUGUAUCAUCAGUGCCCAGCGAUGUGGAGCUGCUCAAUGGGUACAAUCUGACUCCCCUGGGUGGCUUUUUGCUCUCUCCCGAGGAUGAUACUUUUAUGGAGAGCCAGAGUCUCAUGGGACAUAAAUUGGUGAAGGCUGUAAGGAGCAAAAGAAGUCCCUACAAAGUUUUGGAAUCCCCAGGAUUGAGGAGUCACUUCAGGUUGAGUCAUACAUCCUACAUCCCAGAAGAGCCUCUGGAGGCAUCUUCAAGAUCUAAGGCCAAAGAUCCUCCUCGGAAACGUCGGGAAUUGGAGUCAGAAGCGAUUGAGGACAGUGUUGAGAUGAUCGAUCGAGCUCCGAGAGGGACAUCAGGGGAAAAGACAAAGUCAACGGAAGUAGAAAUGCCUCCGGAUGUUGAGGAGCUUCCUCGGCCGGAGAAGCAGAUCAUGGAGCCUGGGUACUACAGACAGGGACGAAGGCUAUUUGAGGAUGACCUGGAGGAUGAUUCCGUGGCUGAAGCGAGUGCAAUCAAUGAUGGGAUCAAAGCCAGGGCUCCCAGGGUUAAUUUUAUCACUCAGCAGAGGAGUUCUGUGGACAAACCUGAAGCCAGAGAUCAGAAGCUGAGCAUGGCACGUUCUGAGGAAAUCUACAAGAAGCCCUAUGAACCGUAUCCUGAGCCUCGAAUCGUUUCUGACUAUCGAACGAGACUCCUAGAGCCUCCUCCUCUUCAGUACAAGGGUUAUGCAGAUACUUACGACAAGUAUCGGAUGCCUGAUUAUUACGAGCCCUGGAGAAGAAUGCGAUUCUACGAUUCCUAUUCGUCCAGGAAUCUCAUGCCUCCCCCGCCUUAUGCUGCUUACAGUAGCUACCCGGAGCAUCGGUUCGAAAGCCCUCCAACGGCUGUCGAUAUGAGGGGAUACCCUGUCUAUCCUACUCCCUACGUCAAUGAUGUGACCUACGCACCUCCCCUUCCUCGUCCUCCUCAUGUCAGGAACCGCCGCAUCAUCUACUACGCCAAUCUCCCGGAAGUUGUGCGUUCUCCACCAAACGUGGAGCUUCGGUAUCGCUACAACAGUGACUACUAUCCUGCCAUGGAGACGUACAGGAACUUCCGGCACCGGGAAUACUCCAAAGUGGACAAUUCCACUCCCCAGCCUGCGGCAAAGUUGCAGGAGCAGAAGGGUCAGGAUGACGGAAAGAUUGAGUACACGAGGAAUGCAAAUGUCAAGGUGAUAUCUGGUCUGAGGAUCCAGAAUCAUCAGCAGCAGCCACCAGAUUACCGGAAAUACGUCGAUGAGACGAAGAUCAAUGACUUCCCUGUGAGGUACUGAGGCUGGAGAUGCGAAUCUCAAUAAUUUUAAUAAAUUUACUCACAAAGAUUUUCCUAAGGGCUAUUCCCACUCCAAUUCACUGUGCUUGAGAUCGGCAUUUUUGUAAUGCAUUUUGAGAGAAAUAAAGAUUAACUUUUAGACACCAUC